CUCACCGCUCGUCAUCCGCCUAGCGGAAUGGCUUCGACGUCUGCCACACUCGAUGUUCUGGAGACAAGCAAAAAAUGUUUGGCUGGAAGUGCCGCAGCUGCAAUUAGCAAGACUACUACAGCACCAUUUGAUCGUGUCAAGCUCGUUCUUCAGCUUCAAAGACAAAGCGAGUUUGCCAUGGCUGAGUACAAUGGCAUUCGGGAUUGUAUUUCCAAAAUCAGACUGGAACAGGGUGCAAUGGCACUGUGGAGAGGAAAUGGAGCGGGUGUUGCUAGAUGUCUACCAAACCAUACUCUCAAUUUUGCUUUCCGUGACAUUUACAGAAAUACACUAUUGAAAAAUGUUGAUCGGAAUGAAAGUUUUGGAAAAUUUUUGGCUGGUACAUUUGUUUCGGGUGGUCUUGGUGGAGCAACUACUUUAUUCAUGCUUUAUCCAUUUGACUUUGCAAGAACCAGACUGGCGUUAGACGUCAAAAAAGAUGGAUCCAGAAAAUACAAAGGAAUGGUAGACUGCCUUAAGAAAAUUAAAGCCAGCGAAGGAGUUGCCUCGUGGUAUAAAGGAUUAUCAUCAGCUCUUCAGUUUGUGAUAGCUUCUCGAGCAAUUUUCUUUGGAAUCUUCGACAGUAUCAGAACAAGUGUAGAAGAUCCAAAAUCCUUAAAUUUCGCUGCAUGCUGGGCUAUUGCUCAAAUCUCAAUAACAACAAGCGGAAUGGUAUGCUAUCCUUUGGAUACAGUACGACGCAGUAUGAUGAUGCAAUCGGGUAAACAAAUUAAACAAUAUACGAGUACAAAAGACUGCUGGAAAACGCUUUAUAAAAAAGAUGGUAUCAAUGGAUUUUAUCGCGGUGCCCUGACAAAUUCGCUCCGGUCUACAGGUGGAGCUUUGAUCAUCACUUUCUACUACGAGUUCUCAAAGUACAUGUAAAAUGGUUACAAUAAUAAAUUUUCGCACUUCUAAUCUGGUUUAUGAACGUCAUUACGAUUUAAAAUCAAUUAUUUUCAUAAAGUUGUUUGGUUGUUGCGUUAAAUAAUGGAAUUCAUUGAAAGGUGGAAUAGUGUCAGUAAAGAUUUUGUCUGAAUAAAAUUACAAUAAACC